UAUGAUUAUGAUAUGCGACUUCAAACGUAAAUUAAUCACUAAAAUAAUAAUUUUUUUAAAAAAAUAAUAAUAAUUAACGAAGAAGAAAAGAAACGAAACGAGUCAAACAGUGUAGAGAAGAGAUUCAUUGUGUAGAUAAGUUUAUUUCUUCGUCUCCUUGGUGUGAAUUUUGAAUAUUGAUGUUUAUUCGCUUCUUCUCCCACUUGCCUCACCGCUUCGCUGUAUGAUCUGAUUGUCUGUGAUCUCUCGAUAACUGGGCAUGGAGGCUGUGUUGAUCGGUGAAUAAGCUGUGGAGAGCAGCAACUUACAAUUCAAAGGAGGAAUGGAUGAUGUUCCUUGUAAGCUCGAAGCUGGGAACGAUUGUAGAGGAAGCUCAUCUCACAUGAAGAAUGUUGUUGAUGAUAUCAACAAGCCUCCGCCUCCGGUGGAAGAAUCUGUAGGAGCUUCUUCUAAGAUCUGUGUUGAAGAGCUCAGAUUGGUGAAUAAUAGGGUAGUCCAAGGGAGUAAUGUAGAUAGUUCUUGUUCUAGGUCUGACAAGUUUGAGCAUGUAUAUAAUAAUCUUGCUAGAGGCUCUCCUCCUGCGUUUAGGGUAGGAGAUGGAGAUCUUCAUUCUCAAAUGCUGUCGAGAAUCAGACAACAGCUUGCGGGAUCUUCUUCUGAAAGGCUAGACUAUAUCAAUAGGAGGAGGAGCCAUCAGAAUCUUGAAGCGUUUUCUCAACGUCUUAGAGCAGCUGGAGAUAACAUCAUUAAUAUGAACGCACCUGCAUUGAGUUCUUCCAGUUUCUCUCAGGUGAUACUUAAAAGUGCUAUGAAGGGGGAAAACCAAGAAACUCCUCCUGACUUUGUCUCUGACCAAGAUUGCAAGGAAAUAAAGUUGGAUAAUAGCAAUUCGCCUAUCCCAGGAUAUUCAAGUCACAAAGGACAUGGUGAUGGAAACAGUUUGAGGGAGUUUCUUAUAUCAAGUUAUGGUAAACGAGAGAGACGACAUGGCCUUUCUCUAUUUACGCAGCUGGUGGAGCUGGUUGACUCAUCCCAUUCUCAAGGACUAUUCUUGAUGGACUUGAGACCCUCCCUUUUCGCUUUGGUUCCUUCAAAGAAACUUAGGUAUACUGGUACGUUCGGAAAGAACAAUGCUGACGAAGAUUUGAAUACGAAGAGGCCGUGGACUCAGGAAUCAUCUAUUGUGGGUAGGGGGGUUUUGAAGAAAAGAAAAACGGACUUGCAUGAGCCUUCUCCAGGGAAUCAACUUGAGGCUCCUUCCACUGGGAGACCUUUCGAAAGGAUCAGCCCUGUGAUUGAUUUAAACGUGGUUGAUGCAUAUAAUCAAGACAGUUGUGAACUUCAACAGCAAAACUAUGGGAAAAGUUUAGGAGUGGCAUCGAUGACGACGAGAAAACAGUCUAUGUCCACAUGGCUCGAAGAGCAAUGGUAUACUUGUCCAGAGCAGAUAAAUGGAGAAGAUUCCGGAGAAAAAUCAAAUAUAUAUGCCCUUGGUGUUCUUCUGUUUGAGUUGCUAUGUCAUUGCGAGUCCAGUGAGAUGCAUGCUGCAAUGAUGGCAGAUUUACGUUAUCGGAUUCUCCCACCAGCAAUUCUCUCAAAAUAUCCUGAGGAAGCUGGAUUUUGUCUUUGGCUACUACAUCCGGAACCCUCCUCGAGACCAACAGCUAGAGAAAUACUAAAGUCUGAGUUGAUAUCCAAGAAUCAUGAUUCGGCGAUAUCGACUGCUGCUGAUGAGGAGAUGUCUGAGCUGUUACUUCAUUUUUUGUCUUCGCUAGAAAAGCAGAAGAAGAAAAAUGCAACUAAGCUUUUGCAAGACAUCCAGACCUUGGAGGAUGAUAUUAAGGAAGCCGAGCAAAGAUAUUCUUCAAAUGCAUCUCUGGUGAGAUCUCAUGGAGCUAUGGAAACAAGACUGCAAUCAUCUCUGAUGAGUAAUAUCCAUCAACUCGAAGAUGCAUAUUUCUUCAUGAGAUCACAAAUGAAGUUAUCCAAUUCCGCCUGCCAUUCUGACAAAAGCCUUCUAAAGGACAGGGACAGGUGGUCUGAAAACCAAAAUGAGAAUCAGGAUACGAAAACCAAAGGAAAAUCUUCAGAUCAAGUGGAAGUGUUUUUCGAGGGGCUGUGCAAAUUUGCUCGGUAUAGCAAGUUUGAAACCUGUGGGACAAUAAGGAGUGGAGAUCUUUUAAACUCUACUGCUAGUGUGGUAUGCUCAUUGAGUUUUGACGCUGAAGAGGAACACAUAGCAGCCGCUGGGAUAUCAAAGAAAAUCAAGAUUUUUGACUUCAAUGCGUUUAUGAAUGAAUCUGUCGGUGUUCAAUAUCCACUAGUUGAGAUGGUCAGCAAAUCCAAAUUAAGCUGUGUUUGCUGGAAUAGUUACAUAAAAAACUACUUAGCCUCGACUGACUACGAUGGUGUAGUUCAGAUAUGGGAUGCAGGGACUGGACAAGGAUUCUCGCAGUAUACAGAACAUCAGAAGAGAGCCUGGUCAGUUGAUUUUUCUCCAUCUGACCCGACAAAAUUUGUCAGUGGAAGUGAUGACUGUUCGGUAAAGCUUUGGAGCGUCAAUGAGAAACGUUCAUUAGGCACAAUCUGGAGUCCAGCUAACGUGUGUUGCGUGCAAUUCUCUGCAUAUUCCAAUCACUUAUUGGCAUUUGGGUCAGCUGAUUACAAGGUCUAUUGCUAUGAUCUUCGGUACGUCAAAACUCCUUGGUGCACAUUGGCUGGCCAUGAGAAAACUGUUAGCUAUGUUAAAUUUAUGGACUCGGAAACCAUUGUCUCUGCUUCCACUGAUAACUCUCUCAAGCUUUGGAACCUUAACAAGACUGGUUUAUCUCCUGGUGCUUGUCCAUUGACGUAUAAAGGACAUACAAAUCAAAAGAAUUUUGCUGGAUUAUCAGUUUUGGAUGGAUACAUAGCAUGUGGUUCAGAGACCAAUGAGGUAUAUAGUUAUUAUAAAUCCUUACCGAUGCCAAUGACUUCAUACAAGUUUGGAUCUGUGGAUCCCAUUUCUGGAAACGAGUGCUUCGAUGACAAUGGGCAGUUUGUGUCGAGCGUCUGUUGGAGAAAAAAAUCGAAUAUGCUUGUAGCUGCAAAUUCUACUGGAAACAUGACGCUACUAAAACUGGUUUGACAUUUGUGGCUUUGGACUCCUUGAGUAACUUCUUUGGACAGCUGUUUGAAGUGAAGCAAUGCUUUUGCAUUGGAUACAAUGAUCCUAUAUGACCACGACAGGUUGACAAACUUACAAAUCUUGGAGAUGUUGAAGCAAAAAAGUUGUAUGUGAUAAUAUAUGAUUCUUCUUCAUGCAACUCCAUAUAUGAAAAGAAUUAUUUGAUUUCUUUGGAAGUGAUUCAGAUUUGGUC